AGCUUCUCUCAGAGCGACUCAGUCCACUCGCGACUCGACUCUCGGCUCUCGCAGUGAUGGGCGCUGGCGGCUCAGUGGACGCUGUGAAGAAGGCCUCCCCUGAGGAGCUGAAGCAGGCGGCUGCCAACCUGUCCGACGCGGAGAGGCAGAAGCUGUGCGAGGCUCUCGCAAAGGCGCAGCCGGAGAAGUCCUCCUUGGUCAGCAGCGCCGCCGUGGCUGACGCCCCCCCGAGCGAGGAGAAGUCGCCUUUGGCGGUGUUCACGUCAGGGGUGGAGACGGUGGAGAAGUUUCUGGAGAACGGGGAGGCCUUCGUCCGCAUGUUCGGCGAGCUGGACGCAGACGAGAGCGGGAAGGUGAAGAUCUCGGAGAUGGGGUACAUGGCGGACAUGAUGGUCCGCGCAUGCGACAGCCUGGAGAGCAAGGACGACAUCCUCAAGCAAUUCGACAAGAAUGGGGAUGGAGCUCUGAGCAAGGACGAGUGGAAAGACUUGGUCUCUGAGUGGUGCAAGGCCAAUCAGAAGAAGAUGGCGCAGGUGAUCCUCGCGCGGGGCGCGGAUGCGGUGGGCUCGGACCCCGCGUGGCCGGAGCUCAAGGCGCGCCUGGAGAAGUUCGCCUGACUCGGACUCGGAGUGCAGGCGCCUGAGGUUGGCGAUUUUGAAGCCCACCACGAAAACCGUUGCUGCAUCGCCGGCUAGAGCCGGGGGUGUAUGCGCAUCAACGGCUUUGAUGGCGCUGUUUUGAUCCGACCAGCUCUGCCCUUUUUCCGCCCUCCGUUUUGAGCCGCGAGUGCGCAGUAGGAGGGGUGG